GUCCGAACACAACCAAUCAAACAACUGUCUGCUUCUUUGACCGUUUUACGCCACCGUUUGGUCUUGUGAACUUUGCCAUACUCGCAACACAGCCCAUAGUUUCCAAAAAGCCACUCUUUUUCCGACACCCAUUUUCCUAAAACCUAUAUUAACACAAUCAAAAACCCUUCAAAACCCGCAAAAGCCUGAUCAAUUUUAUCUAAACCUUAAUCUGCUUAAGAAAAAAAAGUAUCAUGGAAGCUGCUACUUACCUCGGCUCAGCUGGCAACCCCUGCCCGGCUCCUGUGCCGAUCCGCCCCAACGCCUCGACCGGUUCGCUGGGGCGCCACUUGGCCCGGCGGCUCGUGGAGAUCGGCGUGAGGGACGUGUUCGCCGUGCCCGGCGACUUCAACCUUACGCUUCUGGACGACCUGAUUGCAGAGCCGGAGCUGGAGGUGGUCGGCUGCUGCAACGAGCUCAACGCGGGGUACGCCGCCGACGGGUAUGCGCGCGCCAAGGGCGUGGGCGCUUGCGUGGUCACCUUUACCGUCGGUGGGCUCAGCGUUAUCAACGCUAUUGCUGGCGCUUACAGUGAGAACUUGCCGGUGAUAUGUAUUGUUGGUGGGCCCAACUCCAACGAUUUCGGGACUAACCGGGUCCUCCAUCACACGAUCGGGUUGCCCGAUUUCAGUCAAGAGCUCAGGUGCUUUCAAACAGUCACCUGUACUCAGGCAGUGGUGAAUAACUUGGAUGAUGCGCACGAGCAGAUCGACACAGCAAUUUCGACGGCCUUGAAGGAAAGCAAGCCGGUUUAUAUUAGUGUCAGUUGUAAUUUGUCGGGCAUUCCUCAUUCCACUUUCGCCAAGGAGCCCGUUCCCUUCUCUCUAGCGCCAAAUGCCAGCAAUCAAUUAGGAUUAGAAGCUGCUGUUGAAGCGACUUUGGAGUUUCUGAAUAAAGCUGUGAAACCAGUCCUUGUGGGUGGGCCAAAGUUAAGGGUAGCAAAGGCACAGAACGCCUUUGUAGAGCUUGCAGAUGCCAGUGGGUAUCCGGUAGCGGUUAUGCCUUCAGCUAAGGGACUAGUGCCAGAGCACCAUCCACACUUCAUUGGUACGUAUUGGGGUGCUGUCAGCUCCAGCUUUGUUGGGGAGAUUGUGGAGUCUGCUGAUGCCUAUGUUUUUGUCGGACCCAUCUUCAAUGAUUACAGCUCUGUUGGUUACUCCUUGCUGAUUAAGAAGGAGAAAGCAAUUAUAGUGCAGCCUAAUCGUGUGACUAUAGCCAAUGGUCCCUCUUUUGGCUGGGUUUUCAUGGCUGAUUUCUUAAGUGCAUUGGCCAAAAAGCUAAAGCACAAUAGCACAGCUCUUGAGAAUUACCACCGGAUCUUUAUUCCGCCAGGCAUACCUCUAAGAUCCGAGAAAGGAGAGGCUCUUAGAGUUAAUGUUCUCUUCAAGCAUAUUCAGGAGAUGCUAGGUGGAGACACUGCAGUAAUUGCUGAAACAGGUGACUCGUGGUUCAACUGUCAGAAGCUCCACCUCCCUGAGAACUGUGGGUAUGAAUUCCAGAUGCAGUAUGGAUCUAUUGGCUGGUCAGUAGGUGCCACUCUUGGAUACGCUCAGGCUGCCAAAGAUAAGCGUGUGAUUGCUUGUAUUGGUGAUGGUAGUUUCCAGGUUACAGCUCAGGACAUUUCAACAAUGAUUCGAUGUGGACAAAGGACUGUUAUAUUUCUAAUCAAUAAUGGAGGCUAUACAAUUGAAGUAGAGAUUCAUGAUGGCCCGUACAAUGUGAUUAAGAACUGGGACUACACUGGUCUUGUUGAUGCCAUCCACAAUGGUGAAGGAAAAUGCUGGACUGCCAAGGUACGUACAGAGGAUGAACUUACAGAAGCAAUUGCAACGGCAACAGGAGCACGAAAGGAUUCCUUAUGUUUUAUUGAAGUAUUUGUGCACAAGGAUGACACCAGCAAAGAGCUACUGGAAUGGGGAUCCCGAGUUUCUGCUGCUAACAGCCGCCCUCCAAAUCCUCAAUAACAGAAUGGUGUUAGAAGAGUUCUUUCUGCAGGUUUGAAAUUGGUGUCCUGAGCUCUAAUCCAGGAGUGUCUUCCAGAAGUAGCAAUAAGAGGAGACAGGGUUGCUUAGCUUGAAAGAGAUUUCUACUUAUCCUGUUGCUUCAUCCUGAUUUCUGUUGUAAAGAAUUUUUAUUCCUGUAUUACUGUAUAUCAGUAUUGAACCAUCUGGAACUAUUGUGUAUGGCUGAGCUCAACAACUUUGAUGAAGAAUAAGCAUAUUUGAUGGUA